CGGCGAGGCGCUAAGAUGGCGACGGCCGGGCCCGAGUCCGGGGGGAGCAGCAGCAGCAGCAGCGGGGCCGCCACGGGGGCGCCGGGAACAGCGACCUUCAAAAAGUCCUUGGAGGUGCCAAGUUCCUCCGGGCACGCGUCAUUGCAGACGAUAAAGAAAGGCCACCGGGGCGUGGACUCGACCGGGGAGACCACCUAUAAAAAGACGACCUCCUCAGCUCUCAAGGGCGCCAUCCAGCUGGGCAUCACUCACACGGUGGGCAGCCUGAGCACCAAGCCGGAGCGGGAUGUCCUCAUGCAGGACUUCUACGUGGUGGAGAGCAUCUUCUUCCCCAGCGAAGGCAGCAACCUGACCCCAGCCCACCACUACAACGACUUCCGCUUCAAGACGUAUGCCCCCGUGGCCUUCCGCUAUUUCCGUGAGCUCUUCGGCAUCCGGCCGGAUGACUACCUGUGCUCCCUUUGCAGUGAGCCCCUCAUCGAGCUCUCCAACUCCGGGGCCAGUGGCUCCAUCUUCUACGUCUCCAGCGACGACGAAUUCAUCAUCAAAACCGUUCAGCACAAGGAAGCCGAGUUCCUGCAGAAGCUGCUGCCGGGUUACUACAUGAACUUGAACCAGAACCCCCGGACGCUGCUCCCCAAGUUCUACGGCCUCUACUGCGUCCAGGCGGGGGGCAAGAACAUCCGCAUCGUCGUGAUGAACAACCUGCUGCCCCGCUCGGUGCGGAUGCACCAGAAGUACGACCUGAAGGGCUCGACCUACAAGCGCCGGGCGUCGCAGAAGGAGCGCGAGAAAUUCUUUCCCACCUACAAGGACCUGGACUUCCUGCAGGACAUCCCAGACGGCCUCUUCCUGGACGCAGACAUGUACAGCGCCUUGUGCAAGACCCUGCAGAGGGACUGCCUGGUUCUGCAGAGCUUCAAGAUCAUGGAUUACAGUUUGCUGGUGGCCGUUCACAACCUGGACCUGGCUCAGCGGGAACGGGCGGGGCUGGACGGAGCCUCCCAGGCGGACACACGGCGGCCGGCCUGCCAGAGGGCCCUCUACUCCACAGCCAUGGAGUCCAUCCAAGGAGAGGCCCGGCGAGGGGGCACCAUUGAGACGGACGACCAGAUGGGAGGGAUCCCAGCCCGCAACGCCAAGGGGGAGCGGCUGUUGCUGUACGUGGGGAUCAUAGACGUGCUGCAGUCCUACAGGUUUAUGAAAAAGCUGGAGCACUCCUGGAAGGCGCUUGUCCACGAUGGGGAUACGGUCUCUGUUCACCGGCCAAGCUUUUACGCGGAGAGGUUCCAACAGUUCAUGUGCCACGUGGUGUUCAAGAAAAUCCCCCUAAAAUCCUCCCCUUCGAAAAAAAGCCGGUCCGGCGCGGGUCCUCCUCGCCGGCCGGGCCAAGCCGGAGUCCCUUCUCAGGUGCCGGGGCAUGUGGAGAUGAAAGUCCAGGUCACGAUGGAGGCCGAGAUGGAGCCAGGUUCCCGGCUGGGCCGCCCCGACCUGCUUCCCCAGAUGCCCCCCGUCGAAGAGGCCAACAGCGACUCAGCAGCGACCACCUUAUCCACCUCUUCCCUGGGCAGCCCCGGGCACAGCUCACCGGCCAACCGGUCAGCAGGAGCAGAAGGGCCCCCACCUGACGCCCCAAAGGACCCAGCUGCGCUUCCCCCGGAAAGCUCUUCCCUUAGGUCAGAGAGAGAAGAAUUUAUCAGCUCAGACACGUUGUCUGCGGAGGUAGCUAGUUCAGGAUGCUUUCAAGUAGGUGAGACUGAAUCUAGUCAGACAAAGCAGCCAGGCCUUGGGGCAAGUAAGUCCCCGGGCAGGGACGUGACUCAGUGCUCCAGGGUGCCCUACAACUGCCUGUCCGGCCAGAGAGGGUUGGUCCAGUCCUGGGAACAUGCGUGUUGUGGAGGGCGCUGGGGCCCUCCCUGUGGCUUGGAAGAGCUUCCUGGCUCCCUGGGAUCGCAGCCUGGGGGCGUCCGAUGGCCCCAGAGCCAGGAGCCAGAGAAACCCAGAGCACAUGGUGAAACGUUGCUGGAGUCCCUGUUCUCCUUUGAGGGAUCACGAACAGAAGACUUUCUCCACACGCUGCAUGGCCUGUCUCUUCGCGGGGGGGACCAGCCGCCCCCUCACCCUCUGGCGUUGCAGACGCCACGGACUCCCUCCGAGCCAAGCAGACUGAAGGCCGGGCUCCCCCCGCCGGCCCAGAGGCGCAGGGGCUCUCGGCAGAAAGGCAGCCCGGACAGAGGACGGCCUGCCCCGCCCUGCCCACGGAGCCGCACAGCUAGGGUAAGCUUUCUUUCCCCCUUGGAGACCGCCAUCUCGGGCUUGGCAUCCCGGGCACCCACCAAAGCGCCUGUGCCGCCUCGGGGCAUUCACCGCGGUGCGGGGGCCACCGAGCGCUUCUCCGCUGAGUUCUGCCGCGGGCGGGCUGGGCGCGCGCUGCGGCGUCCAGAGGCGCCCCACGUGGGCCGCGGCUUCUGUGCGGAUGCCGCCCUGCCCGGGGCUGCGGCCGGCGCCGGCUCCGUUAACGAGGCGGCCCCCGCGGGCAGCGUAGCGCGCGCUGCAGGCGCCUCGGCCCUUGAUUUCAUUCGCUCCCCCUCCCUGCCGCGGCCACUCGCCAGGGUCCCUCCCCGCGCGGAGCCCACGCAUGCGCAGAGGGAUACCCGCGGCCCGCCCACGGGAGAUCGGCGCAGGCGCCAGAACUACCCCUCCCAGAAUGCCCCGCGCGCCGACCGGCCAAGGAGGCUGCCGCUGAUUGGUGGGGCGGGAGCCAGCGGCCGGCAGGCAGGGGCAGGGGCAGAGGCAGGAAGCAGAGGCCGGAGGCGCCGGGGGGCGAGGGGCGCCGCGAUGGUGCUGGAGAGCACGAUGGUCUGCGUGGACAACAGCGAGUACAUGCGGAACGGGGACUUCCUCCCCACCCGCCUCCAGGCGCAGCAGGACGCCGUCAACAUCGUCUGCCACUCGAAGACGCGCAGCAACCCCGAGAACAACGUCGGGCUCAUCACGCUGGCCAACAACUGCGAGGUGCUGACCACCUUGACUCCGGACACGGGCCGCAUCCUGUCCAAGCUGCACUCGGUGCAGCCCCGAGGGAGGAUCACUUUCUGCACCGGGAUCCGAGUUGCUCACUUGGCCUUGAAGCACCGCCAAGGGAAGAAUCACAAAAUGCGCAUCAUCGCCUUCGUCGGGAGUCCUGUGGAGGACAACGAGAAAGACCUGGUGAAACUGGCCAGGCGGCUGAAGAAGGAGAAGGUGAACGUGGACAUCAUCAACUUUGGAGAGGAGGAGGCCAACACAGACAAGCUGACCACUUUCAUCAACACCCUGAAUGGCAAAGACGGCACCGGCUCCCACCUGGUGACGGUGCCUCCUGGGCCAAGCUUGGCCGAUGCCCUCAUCAGCUCCCCGAUCUUGGCUGGAGAGGGGGGCGCCAUGCUGGGCCUGGGAGCCAGCGACUUUGAGUUCGGCGUGGAUCCCAGCGCUGACCCAGAGCUGGCACUGGCUCUCCGAGUGUCGAUGGAAGAGCAGCGGCAGAGGCAGGAAGAAGAGGCUCGGAGGGCGGCUGCCGCAUCGGCUGCCGAGGCUGGUAUUCCAGCAACUGGGGGGGAUGAUUCAGAUGAUGCCCUGCUGAAGAUGACCAUUGGGCAGCAAGAAUUUGGCCGAGCUGGUCUGCCUGACCUCAGCACCAUGACCGAAGAGGAGCAGAUCGCCUACGCCAUGCAGAUGUCUCUCCAGGGAGCGGAGUUCGGGCAAGGCGAGUCGGUGGAGGGGGAAAGCUCGGCUGAUAUGGACACGUCAGAACCCGCCAAGGAAGAAGACGACUAUGACGUCAUGCAGGACCCCGAGUUCCUCCAGAGUGUUCUGGAAAACCUUCCGGGGGUUGACCCCAACAAUGAGGCCAUCCGCAACGCCAUGGGCUCCCUGGCUUCCCAGGCCUCCAAGGAGAACAAGGACAAGAAAGAGGAAGACAAGAAGUGAGGAGGGGGGGGCUGAGCCCCUCCCUGUCCUUGUGCCCGUGCACCUCCCGGGCUGCCUGGCCUCAUAGCGGCCAGUUUCCGUAAUCUUUCUGGGUUGUCUGUCUGCAGGGACGUGGGGCCAUGUGGGGGGGGGGGGCGGGAUCCUUUUCUCAUUUUGCUUCUGGUUGAACAGUUAAUAAAACCCUUACGUUUUCUCUG